UUGCGCGCGGCUGGACGAAAGCGAUAGCGAUUUUUCGAAAUUUAUCACGGCCCCAAAUGAUCUGGUCCACCCGCUUAUGGCACCCAUCACUCUACGUUUAUUCCACGUUUUGUUGCAGUAGGCGAGGGCUCGGUGCUGAAGCUGACUCGUGUCACACGUUCAGAUAUGGGGCCGUAUCUGUGCAUAGCGUCGAACGGCGUGCCCCCAGCCGUCAGCAAACGGAUCGUCCUCAAUGUUUACUUUCAGCCAAUGAUAUGGAUUGAAAAUCAGUUAGUUGGUGCUUACGAGGGCCAAACUCUUGUCCUGGAAUGUCACAGUGAGGCUUAUCCAACAGCAAUCACUUACUGGACCAGGCCAUCCAACGAAACGAUCACAAAUGAGAAUUACAAGGUCGAAACGAUCCCAAAGGGCUACGAGAUAAAUAUGAGGCUCACUAUCAAGUCCGUGCAGCCCCAGGACUACGGAUCGUACAGAUGUGUGGCGAAAAAUUCAUUGGGAGAGAUGGAUGGAAAAAUCAAACUG